AUGCCGGUGGUACAGUGGAGCCCCGCUCUGCUCCUGGGGUUAUUCACGGUCUGUUCGUGUGUAGAUGAGGAGUGUAUCGUUGGUAUUGUGGGUCACCCUGUGCUGCUGCCCUGUUAUCCCCACACUGACCUCCUGAGGCUCCAGAACGUGACGCUGGAGUGGAGGGAGGAGGGAGAGGUGGUUUUAAAGGCAGAGUGGAAGCAGGAUGGAGAUGUGCUGGUCUGGAGUCUGAACAGCGCCUCUAUCGCCAACAAUGCUCUGCACACGGGGAACCUGUCUCUGUCGCUGCCCAGAGUCAGCCCCAAAGAGGAUCAGAGGGUCUACAGUCUGGUCAUGACCCCAGCAGAGAACGGGAGCCUCCUGCUGUGCUCCAGGUGCCUCAAGACGGCAGGUUAG